AUGUCCAUAUUUCGGACCCGACCCCUGCAUCUCAACUGCUCCUGUCUAGGAUUGGGCAAUUUGACAGUAUCCCAGCCCUCAUGCUUCCUUCUGAAAAAUCUGUCAGCUUUGUGUUGUGCCUUAGGUACCAUCAUGUUCUUCACCAAGUCCUCCAUUCGUCCAUCUAUAUACAUAGGAAUCGUCAAUAUGUUUUUCAAUAGUUCCCAGCGGCGAAGAGGACAUAGUCCGAAAACGUUCUUCACAAUAAAGAGGGACUAUUUCAACACGUUCGUGCAGCAAAUACGGGAAACUUUGUCUACUUCUCACAAAAUGGUUCGAGAAUUGUGCGACAGGUGCAUCCUUGCCACACUCCAAAUUAGGGAGAGUGAAACAAGUACAACAAAGGAAAUAAUAGUAAAUAACUGUUCAGGUGUAGCGCCCUUUGAGUGCCUAGCUGCCAUACCACCUGAAGAAAGGAUGAGGGCUCAACUACUGCCAGGAUACCCAAGCCUGGACAGGAGUUGUCGGGAUGUUGGGUUUGGAUUCGAACUGAGGAUAUCAUUAAGUCAUCGAUUUAGGGUGGACGUCGAGCACCGUCUCGACACUCCUGAUUUCGCGUGUCCACAGUGGCUGUGUAAAGCCGGCUGUCGGGACGUAUUCACUAGCUUAUUUCAAGUUGCAGCUAAUCCAUUGAUAUCAUCAUCUUUGGAUCUUUCUGAACUCAAACUUCUGACUCCUGUAUUCAUAUCGUCCGAUAGCACAAAAUAG